AUGGCACCCCAGCCCAACGGCACCACCCCCGACCCCACCCUCCACUCCCCCCGUCUCCUCUGCCUGCACGGAGGCGGCGUAACCGGCGACAUAUUCCGCGCGCAAUCACGCGCUCUAAUCUCGCGCCUCAGUCCGACCUUCCGCCUCGUCUUCGCCGACGGCCCUUUCUUCUGCGAUCCGGGCCCCGGCAUCGUGCCCGUAUACGCCGACUGGGGCCCCUACCGGCGCUGGCUGCGCUGGCUGCCCACCCACGCGGAGGUAGACGCCGAGACGGCGAUCGAGGAGGUUUUCUAUAAUAUCCGCACCGCGAUGGACGAGGAUACGGCGAGGGGAGCAAGCGGGGAGUGGGUCGGCGUUAUGGGGUUUAGCCAGGGUGCGAAGAUGGCGGCGAGUUUGUUGUAUGAGCAGCAGGUGCGGGAGGAGAAGCUCGGGAGCGAGAUACCAGGGCCGUUGGGCGAGGGCGUGAGACUGAGGUUCGCGGUAUGUAUGGCGGGAAGGGCGCCGUUGGUUGCGCUGAGCGAGGAGGCGAUGGGCGAGGAUAUGGUGGAUGCGAGUCAGAUUAGCGAGGGGUUUCAGUUUGGGGAGGGUGGGAGCAGGAGCGUACUGAGGCUGCCGUCGCUGCAUGUGCAUGGGCUGAAGGACGCGGGAUUGCAUCUGCAUCGAAGGCUGUUGGAGCAGUAUUGUGAGAAGGGGAGUACGACGUUGGUGGAGUGGGACGGAGAUCAUAGGAUACCACUCAAGUCGAAGGAUGCGGAUUUGGUCACGAACGCGAUAUUCGAUAUUGCGAGGAAGACGGGAGUCUUAGAGUAG